UGUCAAACUUCAAAGCAAAACUCACGUUUUGCCCAUACUGACCUUCGUAUAAAUUCCAACAACACUGCUUUCCUUCCCUCUCACUAAACACAAAGAGGUAUUGCAUAUUUGCCUCAGAUGGGUUCUGAAGCAGAACUGGGGAAGCCACAUGCCAUAUGUAUCCCCUAUCCAGCACAAGGCCACAUCAACCCCAUGAUGAAACUUGCGAAGCUCCUUCACUUCAAGGGCUUCCAUAUCUCCUUCGUCAACACCCACUACAACCAUAAGCGCCUGCUCAGAUCCCGAGGUCCUUCUUCCUUGGACGGCCUCCCAAGUUUUCGUUUUCACUCCAUUCCCGAUGGUCUUCCGCCAUCUGACACUGAAGCCACCCAGUCAAUCCCUGACAUCUGUGAAUCUGUUCCUAAGCACAGUCUGGAACCUUUCUGUGAGCUUAUCACUAAGCUUAAUGGUGGUGAAGAGUCCGAUGUGCCCCCAGUGAGCUGUAUUAUAUCCGAUGGGUGCAUGAGCUUUACGCUUAAAGCUGCCGAGAGGUUUGGGUUGCCGGAAGUACUGUUCUGGACCCCAAGUGCCUGCGGCCUUUUGGGUUACACUCGCUAUCGUGAACUUCUUCAGAGGGGGUAUACUCCCCUCAAAGAUAUGAGCGACAUAACAAAUGGGUAUUUGGAAACAAGCUUGGAUUGGAUUCCUGGAAUGAAUAACAUACGGCUAAGGGAUUUACCGAGCUUCAUUAGAACCACAGACAUAAACGACAUCUUGUUCACCUAUCUUAUGACCGAAGCAGAAACUCUUCCUAGAGGCACGGCUAUUGUGCUCAACACAUUUGAUGCCUUAGAACAAGAUAGUGUUAACCCUUUAAUUGAAAUAAACCCACGAACCUACACCAUAGGCCCACUACACUUGAUGCAACAACAUAUUCAUGAUGAUCGGCUCAAAGAUAUUGGGUCCAACCUUUGGAAAGAAGAUGAUAGUUGCAUCAAGUGGCUAGACACAAAAGAUAUUGGCUCAGUUAUUUACGUGAACUUUGGAAGUAUUACAGUAAUGACAAAGGAACAACUCAUCGAGUUUGGGUGGGGGCUUGCUAAUAGCAAGAAGAAUUUUUUGUGGAUAACUAGGCCGGACAUUGUCGGAGGCAAAGAGGCCUUGAUGCCACCAGAGUUUGUGGAUGAGACAAAAGAGAGAGGCUUGGUGACUAGUUGGUGUCCUCAAGAACAGGUUUUGAAACAUCCAGCAAUCGGGGUAUUCUUGACUCACAGUGGAUGGAACUCAACUAUUGAGAGUAUUAGCAGCGGUGUUCCAGUGAUUUGUUGGCCUUUUUUGCAGAAUGUUAAGAGAGAGGAGGUGGAGGCUCAGGUGAGGGAUAUGAUGGAUGGGAAGAAAGGGAAGAUUAUGAAAAGUAAGGCUUUGGAGUGGAAGAAGGAAGCAGAAGAAGCUGUUGCUAUUGGUGGAUCGUCCUAUCUCAACUUUGAAAAAUUAAUCAGGUAUGAGGGCAGAGGAGGUGGCACCUUCCUGUGGGGCGACGGUGGCUAGUGGACAGCGGGAAUGAUCGACCAGGCGAGAAACCACAUCAAGCAUUCAAUGUUAAGAGAUGUCGACCACGAUCAAGGUUCAAGCAUCUCUUAAGAGCUUUUCUCGAUUUUUUUAUUUAAUUUUAAAUGGGUUAGGCUAUUGGGUAAUGAAUAACUUUUAAGUGGAUUGAUUCAUUGGGCUACACUAAGUGGACUAGAUUAUAUAAAAUAUGAGCUUCAUACAUUCGUAAACAUUAUAAGGUAGGUCUUUUAUAAAUUAUAAG